CUAAGAUGAAGGUAUGGAAGUUUGCAGCCAUUGCAUCGAUGCUCCUCAGUUCCAUGUUAUCCAUUUUAGUUUGUAGAGACAUGUUCAACGGAAGCCGGAAAUACAGCCCCUUGCCUUCCUCGCCGUCUUCCUCACGGGCAUCCUCCUCCUCAUCCUCCUCCUCCUCCUCCUCGCUGCCGGCGGCUCCCCGGAGAUCCCCACGGGCCCUGCAACGCCACGGCUCGCUGCUCGCCCAGUACAGCAGCCUGCUGGACGAGCUACACGAGGGGAGAUCCGGCAGCUGAUCUCCGGCGCUGGUGGAGCGCUACAGCCAGGCCAUGAACUCGGGCGGGCAUGAGCUGCCGCUGUUCCCGCGGGCCGGCAAGGCCGCAAAGCGCGCCCGCGCUCGCCACAAACCCUGCGCGCUGAAGGAGCUGGAGGUGAGCGUCAGCGAGCUGGGGCUGGGCUACGAGUCGGAUGAGACGGUGCUUUUCCGCUACUGCAGCGGCACCUGCGAGGCGGCCGUGCGCAGCUACGACCUCUCGCUGAAGAGCAUGAGGAGCGAAGAGGAGGAUAAGAAGGAGAAGGUCCGAGCGCGACCCUGCUGCCGGCCACUGGCUUACGACGACGACGUCUCCUUCCUGGAUGCCUACAACCGCUAUUACACCGUCAAUGAGCUCUCAGCCAAGGAGUGUGGCUGCGUGUGAAGGGCCGGGGUCCCCCCGGCAGGAACAGGCGGGAGAAGUGAUGCCCCGGCCCCGAAACCUCGCUGGCCACCAGGCAGAGGGACCAGGCACAAGGAUAAGCCAGACCCUCCGGGUGCAGGA